AUGCGGGGCUUUGGAUGGUAUCUUUACGGUUUAAAAACCUGCUCUGAUUAUGCCUUGUUCCACAUUCCAUUUUCCUGGCUUGAUGUAAUCGGUUACCUCUUCUAUCUCUUUAUCAUUCCAUUUCACUCCCCUGAAUUCCUUGCCUUGAGACAGGGCCACUUCGCCCUCAGACAGCCUACGCCCUUCUCGGCUGUCGCUGAGUCGCUGUCACUUUCACUCUUUCCUCCUGACGCCUGGUUCCGGCAAGCACUGCUUCCGCCGCGACUUCGUUCCGUGCAAAUCGAUUCCGCUGUCAAAGGGAUUUCGCCGUUCCUGCGGCGGCCAGACGUAACAGCCGCCGUGCUGAUGGCGGUGGCACUGUCGCCCUCCGUCAAGGGGGAGCGGGAGGAGGCCGUCCCUGCCCAGGACGACCUUCUGCCGCAGGAGAGCCAGCAGCUGGCCGUCGUGGCCAAGGACGACCUCCAAGCCUCUGCUACGGGUCAAAAUCCUGCUGUUAGGAAGAGAAAUCACCUGAGCUGUCAACAGCUGUUUCCUUCCCUGUCGUCCUGUAGGAUACGGAGGCUACGGAGGCGGAAGCUCCCACAAGGGACACGGAGGCUACGGAGGCGGAAGCUCCCACAAGGACACUACGGAGGCUCUCACUACGACCAGGGAGGCUACAAGGGCCACCAGGGAUACCACGCCGACAAGGGCCACAAGGGCAGCCACUACGGCGACCACGGCAAGGCGCACUACAGUGGUUACCAUGGCGACCAUGGCAAGCACUACAAGGGCCACGACGACAAGCACAAGUACUACGGCGACGCCCACAGCGGCAAGAAGGGAGGGAAGGGUCACCAAUACGGCUCCAAGGGUCACCACAACAAAGGUCACAAGGACAAGGGCUUCAAGAACGUGUACCACAAGGAGGAGUACGGCCACACCAAGAAGUUCUACGACGACAGCGAUAACAAGAAGUACCACAACAACUACGACGAUCUCGAUACAUACUUCAAGGCACACAAGGGCAGCGACUACAAGGGAGGCCACUACAAGGGCGGACACCAUCACGAUGCCCAUGGCCACAAGGGGCACCACGAGAAGGGCAAAUACCACGACGACCAUGCGGGCCACGAUGGCCACUACGGAGACAAGGGCCACUAUGGCCACAAGAGUUCCUAUGGCGACCACGGUGGACACAAAGCUCAUUAUGGUCACGAUGAUCAUAAAGGGUAUGGCCAUGGUGGACACGGAGGCGGAUAUGGACACGGUGGCCAUGGAGGUGGACAUGGGGGCGGUUAUGGGCAUGGUGGCCAUGGCGGCGGAUAUGGCCAUGGUAGCCAUGGCGGUGGGUAUGGCCAUGGCAGCGGACAUGGUAGUGGAUAUGGCCAUGGUGGCCAUGGAGGUGGUUAUGGUCAUGGUGGACACGGUGGAGGCUACGGCGCCCACUCCACCGUCCAGGUCGUCCACCAGGCGGCGCCCAAGAGCUUCGAGUCCUUCGGCAACUUCGCCUUUGCAGGACACUGAGGCCCUGACGGUGAGUCCGACCCCGGUGCGUCGCCCUCUGCCCUGUGCCGGGCGCGCUGGCUCCUGGAUCCCGUCGCUGAGAUCUGCCCUGUAUAUAAACAUAGGUGCUUCCGCUCACGAACAGUGAU